AUGGGACUGCUCACUCCAACCUCAAGCCCUUCGGGCGUCCCAACCCUCAUCCCCAAUGGUGCACACCACACCAAGGAUCAUCACCCAUCAACACUCAACACAUUCACUCAAACUGAUGCACAUGACAUCAUAUGCUGUUGGCCAUACACUCUCAACAUACCCGCUAUAGAUGCUAUCAGAUCGUUAUUAACUCUUGGGAGGUUCACCAUCUCCUCGAACCCUGUAUCUCCGGAUCCAGAGACAAAAGCUCCUGAGAAGGGUUACCCUCUCCUCAAUACGGUAUACGGUACGAGAUUAGCCCGCCUGGGCCCGCUCACGGGUUAUAUCCCACUGAUAAUUUGGUAUGAUAGAGGUCUCGCGAGAUUUUGACUCUAUCGAUAGGGAGCCAAGCAGGGCGGGCCAGCUGUCGUUGCGGAUUAGCCAGGGCUUUCCAUUCGCUAGGUACCGUCGGGGAGAACUUUGGCUUUGCGAGGGACCGGGCCUUGUAGGGGGCGAACAAAACCU